GUUAUGUUACCAUAAUUACAUUGUAUCACAGGGUUAAUUUGAUUACAAUAUGAUCCGGACAUUACGGUCCGAGUUUUAGUAUGAUCCGGACAUUGCGGUCCAAGCUUUAGUAUGAUCCGGACAUUGCGGUCCGGACGUUAGUCGUACCCUUUGGCAAUCUUAGAGGAAGUUUGCAAUGGCGUGCUCCGGCACUGUACACAUUUCAUGUCAAAGGAAACUUUAGGUCCCCCACAGGUCUUUUACCUUCCUCCGGGGAGUUUUGUGGAAUAAAGUCGUAUAACAUCACAGUAAAAGACCUGCGACUCAGACCUCAGGAUCUGUAAAGAUGGAUUCAAUACAUGAACAACGCACCAGAAACCUGACACCAGGAGGAGAAACACUUUUCCUAAGCAGGGUAGAAGACUUCUGCAAAAGUUUGUCAAAACAAGGAGAGAGGAUUAACGGAUUAAUCAGUCAGACCAUGACCAGUAUGGAAGAAGGUUUAAUAGAUGAGCUAGCUAAGAGCAGGACAGUCUAUUUGGAUAUUUCGAAUCAAUUCAUUGAUUUCCUCCAUAGGACACGUACCAUGGACAGUGCUAGGGAACUUUCUGCUCAUGGCCUUAUUCGUGAAAGUUUUCUGUCAAAGAUUGAUUUAGCUUUAGAGGCCACUCAGAAGUAUGUACCACCUAAAAUAGAACACGAGGAAUCAAAAUCACCUAAUGCUGGACACAAGACACCUUGCCAUUCGUCGAAAGCUUCAUCAUGUUCAUCUCAGUCGAGUCGCUCGCACAAGUCGUCUGCAAGUUACAUAUUAACGAAACAAAGAUUGAAACAUGAAAGGGCAAAGGUUCAACUAGAAUUUAUGAAGAAAGAGGCUCAAGUUCUGAAACAACAAGCAGAGGUUGAUGUGAGUCUGAAAUUGCUGCGGUCAGAAAGAAACUUGAAAGAGGCGGAGGCUGAGCUUGAUGCAGUACAUGAUCUUAUUGAGGAAGAGAAUGGAUCUGUUGAUUAUGAUAUAAGGUCGACUAAAAAAGAAAGAACAGCUGCAUUUGUGAAUAGUGCAAUUGAUCAUGUUGGUCGCGAGGUAAUGCAACCAAGUCCUACACCUGGUGUGCUUCAACAACCAAGUCUGUCGCCUGGUAUGCUUCAACAACCAAGUCUGUCGCCUGGUAUGCUUCAACAACCAAGUCCUGCACCUGGUAUGCUUCAACAACCAAGUCCUGCACCUGGUAUGCUUCAACAACCAAGUUUGGCGCCUGGUAUGCUUCAACAACCAAGUCUGUCACCUGGUAUGCUUCAACAACCAAGUUUGUUGCCUGGUAUGCUUCAACAACCAAGUCCUGCACCUGGUAUGCUUCAACAACCAAGUCUGUCGCCUGGUAUGCUUCAACAACCAAGUCCUGCACCUGGUAUGCUUCAACAACCGAGUUUGUCGCCUGGUAUGCUUCAACAACCAAGUCCUGCACCUUGUAUGCUUCAACAACCAAGUCUGUUGCCUGGUAUGCUUCAACAACCAAGUUCGUCACCUGGUAUGCUUCAGCCAACAAAUUCACCUGCAUGUGGCAUGCUUCGUCCAGAGGCCACCGAAUUCCAACCAACAUGCAGAGAUACCAAUGAACUCACAAAGUUUCUAAUGAAAAGAGAUUUAUUAUUGUCUAGAUUCACACAGUUUUCGGACGAACCACAACGUUACACAUUGUGGAAAAGUAGUUUUAAGAAUCUCAUUAGGGAGCUUGAAGUCACUGCUACAGAAGAACUUGAUCUUCUUGUCAGAUGGUUAGGACCCGAGUCCACCCAACAAGCUUUGAGCCUCAGGGCUGCACACACUCAUGAUGAAAGAUUAGCAAUCAUAAGGAUUUGGGAGAGACUUGACAGUCGUUACGGCGCUCCAGAACUUGUUAUACAUUCCUUCAAGAAAAGGCUUGAGGUAUUACCCAAAUUAACAUACAAAGAUAAUGUAAAGAUGUAUGAACUGUCAGACCUACUCAUUGAGAUGCAAGCCUUAAAGGAGAAUGUCAUGUACGCCACUUCCCUGGCCUACCUAGAUUCUUCAGCUGGAAUCAACCCCAUAGUGGCCAAACUUCCAGCAUUCAUACAAAGGAAAUGGACGGAUACAGCGUUUAGAUACAAGAAAGACCAAGGCGUCCUUUAUCCACCAUUCAACAUUUUCACUGGCUUCAUGAAGGGUAUGACAGAACGAUUGAACGAUCCAGGUCUGCAGUUUGACCCUCAACAAUCGACACAGGUCAAAGCCCAGGUUAACAGUGUUGGUAAACGGACCGGAAAUAGAAUGAUGCUGUCUGCUAAGAAGACUGAUGUAGAGAAACCAGUCCCUCCAGCUCAUAUUUGUCCUAUUCAUGGUGGAAGUGCCCGUCAUAGCUUGAAAGACUGUCGCUUAUUCCUAGCCAAGACUGUGCUGGAAAGGAAAGAAGUGCUUAAAAAGAACGGUUAUUGCUUUAAAUGCUGUGAGGACAAACACCUAGCGAAAACCUGUAAAGUAGCUGUGAAGUGUGAUAUUUGUGGUGGUAGUCGUCACCCUACAGUACUCCAUGAACAAUUUAUCUCGGAGAAGUCCCCACCAGUCCAUGGAGGGGAGUGUAGUCCUUCAUCACCUCCCGGAAGAGAACCAAACUAUCUUCAAGCUAGUAGCAGUUGCACACAAGUGUGUAAGGACUCCAGGGGAUUCAGCAAAUCAUGUGCUAAAACAAUUUUGGUCAAAGUCUAUCCUAAAGGAGAGCCAGACAAAUCCAUCCGUCUCUACGCCAUAAUAGACGAUCAAAGCAACAUGUCGUUAGCCAGAACAGCCUUUUUCGACAGCUUUGGAGAAAAUAGCCAAUAUACAGAAUAUACCAUGGCUUCUUGUUCUGGACUUAAUUCCUCCUCUGGAAGGAAGGCGCAAGGAUACGUUGUGGAGUCAAUGGAUGGAGAUUUUGCUCUUGAUCUACCAGUCUUACUGGAAUGUGACAAUAUCCCAAAUAACCGUAAUGAAAUACCUACCCCUGAGGCGGCUCACUUCCAUUCUCAUCUGCGGGACAUCUCUCAACACCUUCGACCUCUCGAUAGGAACGCAGAUAUUCUGAUGUUGAUAGGUCGUGACAUGCCUGCAGCACACCACAUCAUGGAUCAGAGGAUAGGGCCCUCAGAUGGACCAUAUGCGCAGCGCCUCAAGCUCGGAUGGGUAGUUGUUGGUGAGGUGUGUCUUGGUAAAGUUCACCAGACAUCCUACAUCACUGCAAAUAAGGUACACACCCUUGCCAAUGGUCGUCCUUCAUUAUUGGAACCUUGUCCCAAUUGCUUCGACUUCAAAGAAGACAUUCCUAAGACAGAUAACUUCCCCCUGUUUGUAAAGAAUCCCCAUGAUGAUAAACCUGGUCUUUCCUUGGAGGACAAAGAGUUUUUGCAUGUGAUGGACACUGGCUUCAGGAAAAAUGAUCAUGGUCAGUGGGAAGCUCCUCUUCCAUUAAAAACGGAUCGUCCGCGACUGCCUGACAACAGGGCUCAGAGUCUACGAAGGGCAAGGACCUUGGAUACAAGUCUCCGAAGAGACUCUCAGAAAUGUUCCCAUAUGAUGGAGUUCAUGUCUAAAGUGUUGGAUAAGGGACACGCAGAAGUUGCUUCUGAUCUUGACGAUGAAGAAGAGCGUUGGUAUUUGCCUCUCUUUGGAAUUUACCAUCCUAAAAAGCCAGAUAAAAUUCGUUGUGUUUUUGACUCUUCGGCUAAGGAAAAUGGCCUGUCGCUAAACAGCGUGCUCAUGACAGGUCCAGAUCUUACUAACAGCCUUCUGGGUGUUUUACUCAGGUUUCGGAAAGACCCUAUUGCUAUCAUGGCGGAUGUAGAACAAAUGUUCUACUGCUUCAAAGUAGUCCAGGAACACCGCAAUUUUCUGAGAUUCUUCUGGUACGCAGACAACUCUAUUGCCAAGCCGUUGAUCGAGUAUCGAAUGACUGCUCAUGUCUUCGGGAAUUCGCCGUCUCCAGCAGUUGCAACCUAUGGUCUUAGAAAGGCAGCAGAGAAUUCUGACGAGGACAUUCGGAAUUUUGUUACACAGAAUUUUUAUGUAGAUGACGGACUAGCUUCCGCACCGAAUGUGACUACCGCUGUAUCACUCAUUAAGAGAACCCAAAGGUGUCUACAGGAAAACGGUGGAAUAAGACUUCACAAAGUUGCAUCCAAUUCAAGAGAGGUACUUGAAACCUUUGAUCGUGAGGACUUGGCAGGAGAUAUCAGAGAUCUCGAUCUUUCAACAGACUGCCCACCAGUCCAGCGCAGUCUGGGAUUACUUUGGAAUCUGGCCUCAGAUUCAUUUAUCUUUAGUGCAGGAGUAACUGAAAAGGCUUACACCAAACGAGGUCUUUUAUCAACCAUCAACGGUAUCUAUGACCCAAUCGGAUUUGCAGCUCCUGUUAUUCUGCGGGGUAGGUUGCUCUUCAGAGAUCUCGUUAAGUUGUCUUCUGAGUGGGAUGAACCUCUGCCAGAGGAACGACGUCGGGAGUGGGAAUCUUGGUACAGUUCCCUUGGACAGCUCCGCACUUGUUCUAUCCCUCGACAGUAUGUAAUUGGUACAGUAUACGAGGAUUUAGAAAAGGAAGUACACAUCUUCUCCGACGCCUCAAAGGACGCUGUCGCAGCUGUAGCUUACCUUCGGACCAAAGACACUAAUAAUCAGAUCGGUACAAGCUUUAUCUUUGGAAAAGCGAAAGUCGCACCACAGCAUGGACAUACGAUUCCGCGCUUAGAGCUCUGCGCUGCUGUCUUGGCCACCGAUCUUGGUCGCACCAUAAAUGACCAACUGGACAUUCCCGCGGAAAACAUGCACUUUUACUCUGACAGUAUGGUCGUGUUGGGAUAUUUACAUAAUCGUGUACGAAGAUUUUACGUCUAUGUCGGCAACCGUGUGGACAGGAUACUUGGCUUUACAAAAGCUUCCCAGUGGAGUCACGUUUCUUCUGAAAAGAAUCCUGCAGAUGAAGGAACUAGAUGUGUAAAUGCAUGCGAUCUACAAGAAAGUAUGUGGCUGCAGGGAUCAAGUGUUCUAAGGGAGGAUACAGAUCUUGAGACUCCAGGUUAUCCUCUUGUUCAACCAGGCAAGGACGUUGAGGUGAGACAAGAAGUCAAAGUCCUCAAAACUUCCUGUGCAGCACCACAGGGUAUAGGAGCUGAGCGAGUCAAACGUUUCUCUACGUGGAACUCAUUGGUAAGAGGCAUUGCUAACCUCAAGUCCCUUGCAAUUGCUAGUAAAAAUCGAUCAACUACACAUACCCGAAGAGUCACCACAGAUCUUCUUGAGAAAUCCCGGAUCUUUAUACUCCAGGAUGUUAAACAGCAAGUCUACUCUGAAGAACUACAAUGUUUGAGGGAAUCAAAAACUUUGCCUAGUAAGAGCAGCAUCUCUGCUCUGACGCCAAUCUUGGAUCAAGAUGGGAUUCUUCGCGUUGGUGGUCGGCUCAACCGCUCAAACUACCCGCUGGAGGAUCGGAAUCCUAUCAUAGUGCCUGGAAAGCAUCAUGUGGCUAGGCUCAUUAUCGAACAUUUUCAUUCAGUGGUGCGUCAUCAGGGAAGGCAUCUGACAGAAGGUGCUGUGCGAUCUGCCGGAUAUUGGGUGACCGGUGCCAAGCGCCUAAUUUCUUCUAUUCUCCAUGCUUGUGUUACGUGCUGUCGACUUCGAAGAAAACCAAGCCACCAACAAAUGGCCGAUCUUCCUCCUGACAGAUUAGAGCCAUGCGCUCCAUUCACUUAUGUAGGGGUAGAUGUAUUUGGACCCUGGAACAUCACAACCAGACGUACUCGAGGAAGCGUAUCCCAAUCCAAGCGCUGGGCAGUGCUUUUUACCUGUCUAGUAUCUAGAGCUGCACAUAUAGAGGUGAUUGAGGAAAUGUCUUCUUCCUCUUUCAUAAAUGCUUUACGCCGAUUCAUCUCCAUUCGAGGACCUGUGAGAGAGUUUCGCUCCGACAAUGGAACCAACUUUGUUGGGUGCACUCAAGAUAUGGGAUUCCAGACGAUUAGUGUGGAUGAACCUAAACUGGCCAAUUUCCUAUUGGAGAACAGUACGGUUUGGCGCUUCAAUCCCCCACAUGCCUCCCACAUGGGUGGUGUGUGGGAGCGCAUGAUUGGCACCGCUCGAAGGAUCUUGGAUUCCAUGCUACUGGAUAUGAAAGGUAGAACUCUGACUCACGAAAUACUUACCACUCUGAUGGCAGAAGUAACAGCCAUCAUGAAUUCAAGGCCCAUUACUCCUGUGUCAACCGAUCCUCAAGAUCCCUCCGUGCUGUCGCCGUCUGCAUUGCUCACCCAAAAGACUUCAAAUUCAUCCGUUAGUUGUGAACAUCUCAGCCAAAAGGACUUAUAUCGGCAUCAAUGGAAAUGCGUGCAAGUUUUGGCAGAAGAGUUUUGGAAAAAAUGGCGGAGAGAGUACCUCGUAAACUUACAGUCGCGCAACAAGUGGCAACAGCAACAGAGAAAUCUCAAAGAAGGGGACAUUGUGCUAAUGAGAGAUCGUAGUGUUGCUCGCAUGGAAUGGCCUCUUGGAAUUAUAAAUCGUGUGUUCAAGAGUGACGAUGAACUUGUGCGAAAAGUGGAGAUUCGCAUUGUACGAGACAACAAAAUCUCAUAUUUUGUCCGCCCGGUGACCGAAGUUGUAUUUCUUACCAGUUCUGAUUGACUUGGUUUAUUUUAGUUAUGUAGGUGAAAUUAUUUCUGAUGAUAAGAAACUUUGAACAUUUCUCAUGUUUUCUGAGUGUCACAAAUCUGAACAAUCUGUUUGUGUUUAAGUAGUGAUAUAGAUCAUAUCAGGAGGGGAGUGUUAUGUUACCAUAAUUACAUUGUAUCACAGGGUUAAUUUGAUUACAAUAUGAUCCGGACAUUACGGUCCGAGUUUUAGUAUGAUCCGGACAUUGCGGUCCAAGCUUUAGUAUGAUCCGGACAUUGCGGUCCGGACGUUAGUCGUACCCUUUGGCAAUCUUAGAGGAAGUUUGCAAUGGCGUGCUCCGGCACUGUACACAUUUCAUGUCAAAGGAAACUUUAGAUCCCCCACAUGGUGAGUUUAUUCCCUGCCCAUAUCAAUUCUUGCCGAUCGAACAUUUAUUGCAUUGAUUAUAUGAUUGUCAACAUUAGUCUGUAAAAGAUAUGAUCUGUAUGUGUGUUCGAAAUGUCAGUCAUAUGAACUGUCUGUCAUUCAGUGAAGCACAUGGUCCGUGCCAUCUAGUCAUGUUUAGGAUCUAUAUAUGUCAGUAUUAUUUCGUAUAUUAGUUUAUUAAUAUGUCUUAUGUAAAUUCUACUCAGAGACAGUGUAGGAAUAAGACAUCAGACGAAUUAUAGUUGUAUUUUGGUCAGAAAGCGAUUAGGUCAAUUCGUCCUAUUAUUACUUACCUUGGACAAAACGUCCUAUUAGUCAUUUGAGUUAAUUAUAUCUAUAAAUGUGUUUUAAACUAUUGUUGUUACUCUGUCCAUCCAUGAAUACUCCAAAGAUAGUGUAUAUAUAUCCAGCAAAGAAAUCUAGUCAGUUUAUUAAGUGAUAUUUGUGUUAAAUAUCCGAUUAUUGCUCAAAAUCAGUUUUGUAUUCGAAUAUCAGUGAAAGAAAGGCAUAUGUUAGACAUAAUGGUUUGCAUAGUGACAGUGUGUACAUCUGUAUCAUAUUCUCAUUGUGUUUUCAUUUUCAUAUGUUGUAGUCUUUUACCUUCCUCCGGGGAGUUUUGUGGAAUAAAGUCGUAUAACAUCACA